GAUCUACAUGACCAGUUCAUGAAUGAUCCCAACACUCGGUUCCUCGCUGUCUACAUGUUCGUUCGGUGCUUCUCAGCCUUGAUGGAGGCAGAGGACAUCCAUGCUUCGGACAUGUCCGCCAGUCCUGAAUCAGACAUGAAGUCCUCUGCUUUAUGUCAAGUAGAUCUAGAAGAGGGCCAGCGGAGAAUUGUUUGGGAUCAUGCUGUUGCUUCCAUCGCGUUAAGCAUUAAGAUCAAUCGAGACACUCUCCCGCCUCUUCUGCCUAUAUAUACGCGGCAUUAUCUGGUUCUAGCGCCGCAUGACAUGUGCUACGAGGACCUUGAGCUUGCUCAACGUGAUAUACUGGAAGUCUUCCAGUAUAAGUUGGGUUUCGGUUCCCCUCAAGCCUUCCUGGACGAGAUCUAUCUCGCGAUGCCGACCCUUCGCCUCCUUGUAGGCUGUAAGGAAAGUUGGAAAAUAAUCGAAAACGAGACAUGGAACUGUUUGUUCAAGGCAGUGCGCGAGCCCGACAUGGCUCGGUUUCCUAUCUCCGUUCUGACAGCCACUGCACUAAAGCAAAGUAUAAUCCAAUCGCUCAUUUGGCGAUUUGAAACCGAGAUGCAAAAAUCUUGU